GUGGCUGGAGGCGCCAUGGCGUGCGCGGGGCUGCUCACCGUGUGCCUGCUCCGGCCGCCCGCGCCCGAGCCCCGGCGGCCCCCCGCGCCCGCGCCCGCGCCCUCGCCCGCCGCCGGACUUGCGCUCUUCCAGGACGUUUUCCGCAGAGCAGACAAGAAUGAUGAUGGUAAGCUCUCAUUUGAGGAAUUCCAGAAUUACUUUGCUGAUGGGGUUCUCAGCCCUGGGGAGCUGCGGGAGCUGUUCAACAGCAUUGAUGGGCAUUCCACCGACAAUUUGGAAACAGAGAGACUGUGUGACUAUUUCUCAGAACACCUGGGUGUCUACCGGCCGGUGCUGGCCGCACUGGAGUCGCUGAACUGUGCAGUGCUCACUGCCAUGGACACCACCAAGCUGGAGUAUGAGCGGGCCUCCAAGGUUGACCAGUUUGUGACCCGCUUCCUCCUGCGGGAGACAGUGAGCCAGCUACAGGCCCUGCAGAGUUCGCUGGAAGGGGCGUCGGACACCCUGGAGGCCCAGGCCCAGGGCCCACGGUCAGAUGAAGACAGCGUGGAGGUGCAGAGCAGGCCCCAUGGCAGCCGGCGGGCAGGGCGCAGGGCCCUGCGGAGUGUCAGUCGGUCACCCAACUGGUCUCCUGGCUCCUCAGACACAGGGCAGAGCUCAGAAGCCGAGAUGCAGUGGCGGCUCCAAGUCAACCGUCUCCAGGAGCUCAUUGACCAGCUCGAGUGUAAGGCCCCUAGGCUGGAACCUCUGCAUGAAGAGGAGCUUACCGAGGGGCCUGGCUCGCACAUCCUCGUGGCCCAGCGGCAGGUGCAGGUGGCAGAGGAAGCCCUGCAGGAUUUCCACCGUGCCCUGUGCUGCUAUGUGGACUUCACAGGGGCCCAGAGCCAUUGCCUGCAUGUGUCUGCCCAGAAGAUGCUGGACAAUGCCUCUUUCACCCUGUAUGAGUUCUGGCGGGAUGAGGCCUCUUGGAGAAGGCACCAGCAUUCUGCUUGUAGUAAGGCCUUCCAGCGCAUCCUCAUUGACCACCUGCGGGCUCCGGACACCCUCACCACUGUGUUCUUCCCAGCCUCCUGGUGGAUUAUGAAUAAUAACUGAACCUGACCUGCAUAAGCCAAGGCCCUGGGGCCCAGCUGCCUCAUUCUGGAGCUUCUGGACUGGUCAACUCAGCACCAAGACCAAGGAUGCUGCCUCUCUUAGACCUGGGGCUGGGCUCUCAGAGGCCCCCCCAGACCAGCUGGUGGAGAGUCUGUCAGCCCAGGGAUCAGGAAUUGGGCUGCUUGCUUUCUGUUUAUCAAUCAGUGUAUUUUAUUGUUUGUAGCUUUGGCCUCUGAGGCACUCUGGCCUCUGCCUGGCUCAGGAGGCUUGGAUUCUGGUCCCUUCCAUCCCAGCCUUUGUGUGGCACAGAGCGGGUUGCUUCCCUCUCUGGGUGGGCCUCGGGCUGUCUGGCUGCUUCAUGGGUACCCGGCUUUCUUCCUGCUGUCCUGGGGCCAGGCUUCUGCUCUUCCUCAGCCAGCAGCAGAACCAGGGCUGAUGCUCAGGGACACCCCCCUCCCCCCCACCAAACCUCGACCCCUGAGGUUGGGCCAGAUCCAUCUGCAGUGUGGGGUAAGGACCUGGGUGUCCUCAUCACCCUCCUGGGCUGGCAGGCUCCCAACUCUUCCAGUAUCCUCCUCUGCACCAGAGCCCUCUGCAGGAUCCUGGGUUGGUUUGCAUGUCAUUUGCAUAUCAUUUGCAUGCUCAUGCCCACCCAUACUCAGGGCACUAUGGGAAGCCUCAGGGUGACCUUGCCAAGUAGCAAUAAUUUGGGCCCAGUGUCACCUGCUCCUCCCUGAUACCUCUGAACCUCAGCCCAGGACCCCAGCAGAGGCAAUAAAGGAAGUGGUCACCUCUGG